AAGAGUAGAAGAGCGAAUUAAUUUACACAUAGUCUCAGUGUCGCUGUGCAGCAAUGGAGCAAACCGAAGUGACAAAACCGCAAACUCUGGAUGAUCUGAUCAAAAUUUUGCAUCAGAUCUUUUCGAGUGACAGCGUGAACGUCGAAGAAGUGCAGACUAUAAUGGAAGCCUAUGAAAGUAAUCCGCAGGAAUGGAUGAAGUUUGCCAAAUUUGACCAGUACAGGUACACCAGGAACCUGGUGGACAAUGGCAAUGGGAAGUUCAACCUCAUGAUCCUCUGUUGGGGUGAAGGCCAUGGCAGCAGUAUCCAUGACCACACCAACUCUCACUGCUUCAUGAAGAUACUGCAGGGCCAGCUGAAAGAGACCCUCUUCAUGUGGCCGGACAGCAAAUCCCAUGGCAGCAUGAAGCAGAAGUCUCAGAGGGUCCUGCAGGACAACAAGUGUGCAUACAUCAGCGAUUCGAUUGGUCUGCACCGGGUGGAGAACGUGAGUCACACAGAGCGUGCUUGCAGCCUUCACCUCUACAGCCCCCCGUUCCAGCACUGUCAGACGUUCGACCAGCGGACGGGACACAAGAACACAGUGAAGUUGACCUUCUGGAGCAAAUAUGGAGAAAAAACUCCGCAUGAAACAACAGCCUCACAAGAAAACAACUGAAAGUCAACGGUGACACAUAACACAGCUUUGGAAAAUCAGGCAUAAUGAAAGUGAUUUUAUUUUUUUUUUUAAAUCUUUUUACGAAUUGAACAGUACGGUCCGAGCGGGGGUCACGAACACUGGGAUUAGGCGCGCAGUCUAACCGCUUGCCUCUGUAGUUACAUGUUUAUACUCUAGGGGGCAUGACUGGAAGCAUUGGCGGUAGUCUAACCCAGGCCACACCCACCGAUGGACCAUAAAGCGUUGAUGAUCGGGUUUUUGUGAUGAAUAUCCUUUCUUUUACAAACAAUGGAGCACUUUUUCCUCUUGAGGCUUACUGACUUUUUGUUUUAUCCUAAGAUUGCUUUUUACGUUCAUCUAAAUUAUGCAUACAUAACAUUUCUUGUACAUUCAGACUAAACUUAUCAUUUAGUGCGCUUCAAAAGCUUUGUAGCUGUAGCCAUAGCCUUUUACAAUCCAGUACUGCUAAUUUAUUUACAGUAAAUGUUAUUGUUAUACGUUACUUGCGUAUCGCGGGGGGGUGGGGGGGGGGAUUCAGUGGCUAGUAAAGGUGGACGUCAGAUUUCUGUCACAGCCUCCCAUCAACUCGACUUCGCUCUCUCUCUCAGGAUGUGUGGGCUGGAAUUUUAAUGAUAGCUAUAUAUUUAUAAUUCAUGACACGCUGUCCAGAAAGGAGCGUAACGUCUGUCUUUAUACCCUACAGCAGAAGUUGUGAUUUUGACCUGUCUUGCAUAUAGCAAACAUUAAAGGUUGAAUAUUCCAUCUUUUCA